AUGGCGGCGGGCUGCGGCGGGCGGAGGUGGCGGCUGCUGCCGGUGCUGCUGCUGGCCGGGGCGGCGCUGGCUCCGGGGUCGGCCGGCGGGGCUGCGUCGGAGCCGGGCCGCUGGAGGCGGACGGCGGGCGGGAACCAAAAGAAUUUGUUUGUCUUCUCCAAAACGAUGUUUAAAGGGACUUGGAUUAUCCUCAAAUUUCCCCACGAAGUCUGCAACAGUUGGGAAGGGCUCCUGAACGUGACCUGGUAUCUCCGCAGUUCCCGCUGCCACCAUGAAAUCUACAUAAAUGAAAAUGAAGCUUUGACCUACCUGAGCAAUCCUGACAUUGAGGCCAGCGUCCUUGGAGAUGGCCAGUACAUCUGGAACUUCACUCUGGUGCAGUGUGGACAGUUGCACAAGUUGAAUGUCCAGGAACUCCCACUUCCGAAAAAGCUGAAGCACCUCCCAGAUAAAAGGACCUCUACGCAAAAGAGAGAGGCCCGCAGAGCCAAGGAAGACAAGAAGGAGAAGGGAUCCAUCCCCCCAAAUCAAGAGGCCCAGAAGCCCAGCGAGACCCAGGAGGUGAAGCCGCCUCCCUCGGCCCAUGGAGAACCUACAGAAGACCCCAAGAAGAAAGUGGACGUGCCAAAGAGAAAGCUCGAGCCUGUCACAGUUGCUGAAACUUGGAAGGAUGGCCCUUACGUCUUCAUCCUCAGCAUCACGAGCCCCUCGCCCAACUGGGAGCUCUCGAUUGAUGUUCAGAUGAAACAUCCUGAGUACAUAUACAUCUCCGCCUCGGAAUGGCCCCUCAAGGUGUUCUACAUGGUGAUGUGCAUUGUUUACGUGCUCUACGGCGUCUUGUGGCUGACUCUCCUGGCCUGCUACUGGCGGGACAUUCUGCGCAUCCAGUUCUGGAUCGGUGGCGUCAUCCUGCUUGGCAUGUUGGAGAAGGCGGUCUUCUACGCCGAAUUUCAGAGCAUUCAAAGCGAGGGGGAAUCAGUCCAAGGCGCCGUGAUCUUCGGCGAGGUGCUGUGUGCCGUGAAGCGGAUGUUGGCCCGGGUCCUCGUCAUUAUCGCCAGCCUGGGAUACGGCAUUGUCAAGCCGCGGCUGGGGGCCCUUCUGAACCGCGUGGUUGGCGUAGGAUUGAUGUACCUGGUCUUCUCCAUCAUCGAAGGCGUGCUGAGGGUUAAAUCGGCUCAGGAUGACUUGGUGCUGCUAGCAGCCAUUCCCCUUGCUCUGCUUGACUCUGCUCUCUGCUGGUGGAUCCUGAUCAGCCUGGUGCAGACCAUGAAGCUGCUGAAGCUGCGAAGAAACCUGGUUAAGCUCUCGCUCUACCGCCACUUCAUCAACACCCUCAUCUUCGCCGUCAUAGCGUCCCUGAUCUUCAUCGUCUGGACCACGAAGACUUUCCAUCUUGCCACCUGCCAAUCCGACUGGCGGGAACUCUGGAUCGACGACGCCUUCUGGAGGUUCCUCUUUUCCAUCAUCCUGCUGGUGAUCAUGUUCCUCUGGAGACCCUCCAGCAAUAAUCAAAGAUACGCCUUCAUGCCUCUGGUGGACGAAGGGAGCGAGCAGGAGGAAGAGGAAGAAGAGCAGGUGGUCAACGAAGUCUUUGGGAUGAAGAUGAGGGGUGGGAAACCGGAAGUCAAUGGGAUUCUAAAAGGCAACCGAGUGGACGAAGACUUGAAAUGGGUUGAAGAAAACAUUCCCUCUUCCAUGGCUGAUGUUAUGCUACCACCACUGCUGGACUCCGAUGAGGAAAUAAUGACCACAAAGUUUGAAAUGUCCAAGAUGGAAUAAAAUUCAACCGCUCUCACUGACGGGUUUUGUACAAAGGAUGCGUCGGGGAAGCACGUUCUCAUUUCUUCCUCUUUUUUUUUUUCUUUCUUUUUCCAACUGGUGGUGUUUUUUUUUAAAUAUAUGUAUAUGGUUUUUAUCCAUAUAUGUAUAUAUAUACAUGAGCGUGCACACAUACAAAAAAAACCCCCACACCGAUACAUAUAUAUAUAUAUAUAUAUAUUUGUAAAUGGUUAUAAAAGGAUUAUUUUAUUACUUUCUGCAUUUCUAAUCCUGGAGUUUUGGCCGGACAAGGACUCCUGACCCACCUCCUGCUGGAGUGGAGGAUGGAGACGAGCAGAAUUCCCCCCCCCCCUCCCAGCCUGGUUUUAAAAACAAGAUUUUUUUUUCUGCAGUCGGGUGAACAUCUGGUGUUUGUUCCUGGCAACCUCCAGAGCUGCCCAUAGGCAGGUUCCUCGUGUGAGGAUAGGGCCGGGUCCGAGUGCGAAUCCAGAGCAGAAGAGAGCCUUGUCCAACUGCUGAGUGACAACUCAGGGCUCUCUGCAACAGACUCGGACUCUGGCCAGGAACGAACCGUGGUCUGUGUCCAUAUUUGCCUGCAUAUGAUGGUAGGAAGGAAAGAGGGAGGGAGGGUUUUGCCUUGGGGGAGAUGGAUAUGCCCCUUGUCCGUUCUGGGGUUGUCCAGUUUUGCAAGGGAGAAACGGGCCUGGGCCGUCCUGCAUUUGCAGAUGAGCGGCACAGGUCAGCAAGAAAGACCCUAAGAACCCCUGGAUUAUACAGCUGUGAGGGUGUGUUUGGUCCAAGGUAACAUCUGACUCCAGAUUUGGCAGCGUUGAGCCCCAGAAAUGUUCUUGAACGGGGACCAAAACAGGUUUAGUGCCAGAGCUACCACCGUAUUAAAAGUUCCCGCGUGGAUGGUUGGCACUCAGUAUUCACUGGCCGGAUUGCGACUCCUUUGCUGUGGCUGUGUUGGCCCUCAACGUGGUACGGUUGCCCUGCGGGGGCCUUGAGACCUGCUUGAUUAACUCGCGUGGCACAGCAGGAACCGUCUGUUUCAUCCUUGCUUUUUGGGGUAAUGCGUGACGGAAAGGGUCCAUUUUUCUUUUCCUAUCUCAUCCAAAGCAUCUUCUAAAUUCCCCGCUUCCGUCCCUUCCUGCCUCCCGAGAGAUUUGGGGCCCAAAGAGACAAAGGUGCCUGGUCUUCUUCGCCCUUCCUUCCAAAAUCGCCUUCCGAUUUCUUCCCCUCUCCAAUUUCUGAAUUUCUCUGCACUGCGGCGACCCUAUGGGGAAGCAUCCGAUCACUUGUUUUGUUUUUUUCCAUUGGAGAUCCAAUCUGAAUAACAGGUGGGCUGGUGAAGGAGGGGAAGAUUACUUAUUAAUUUAUUUUGAAAUUGUGAAUAUGUCUUUGGAGAGAGGAAGCCAUGAGUGUUUAAUGCAGUAAUAUUUUUAAAAUAAACCACUAUCCCACUAA